AGUCUGAUUUGAUCUGAUUCCAGGGCCAUUUCCAUUUAAUUUGAAUUUUUUUAAGUAGUCUUUUUUUAUGUGAAAAAAGCGAUUAUUUUAAAUCAAGCAUGCAAUUUAAAACAGUUGGUUUGAUGCAGGAAUAAUAAACCAAAAGGACUGGGCAUUCAUAGGACGCUUCAAUGAAAGAAACAGUACCACAAAAUAGCAGCAACUAAGCAUGAACAGUGGAUUUAUAAAAAGAACGUGUUGGUGGGCGGCAAGUGAAAAGGUCAAUCAAAGAGACAGUGGUAAGGUCAGAAAAGUUUUUGUUAAAAUUUGAAAUAAUUGGUUUUGUUGUGGGCAAAUAUUAUUGCGACGAAUAGAGAAAGACGUGUCGAUGAUUUUUACGUAUCAUACAGCCUAAACUAUGUGCUUGAACAUCGCAGGCAAUUUCUUAUUACGAAAGUUUAAACAUACUAACUGCUUAAUUCAUAAAAAGGAUUCGGUGCCAAUAUUACUGAUAAAACAUGUGUUGCACCCACUUCUAUCGUAUUCGUUCCUAGCGUACCUUCAGGACUAAGUCUAGCAGGAGUUAUUAACUCUACUUAUGAUACUUUUAUAUUUAGUUAUGAGCCCGGUCUUACGACCAGGCAGUCGAAAAAUUAGUCAUAUAGACUCAUCAGUGCUCCCAACCACGGAAAUCUUUAGUAAAAGGCGAAAGAUUUAUCCGGGCAUUGAUUGGAAACCAGAGUAACAUUAGUAGGGGAACCCGGCUACUUUAUCCGCGCUCGGUAACCAAACCACGUUUGCGAAGUAAAAUUCAAAUGAGGACGUAUAAAGCAAGCAGUAGCUGUAAAUGUAAACUUUUUUUUAAUAUUUCCCUAUAGCAUCAUACAUCCUGUACACAGUUCAUUUUUUGAUAUCUUAUAUUUAAGUCUAGUUUUAUUUCUAUGAUACGACUAAUACAGAAAACGUAGUAAAAUUAGAAGCACUGUGAAUACUAAGAAGACCCUUCUGCUACCCCAGCACAAUGGCGGCAAAUACACGUGGAUAUAGCCUAUUUGUCCAAUUUAAGGGCUGACUAAAAAACUACGUGAUUUCAACUUUUUAUUUUGCAACUGCCACACAGAAAGUUGUCAAUUCUCUUGCUUCAAGAGAGGUAGAGCUUGGAAAUUUAUUCUGCUGGUGCCGUUAUUUUCUUUAAUGGCAAUUUCAAUUUAUAGAAUGACGAAACAAUAACGGGGCUUUUGGGGUUUUCUGUUACGUAACUUUUGGGAAAUUACAGCUGCGCUUUGUUUAGCAUGCAGAUCAAGUCCAAGGCAUGAAAAGACAUAAUCAAAAAAGCGAUUUUCCCGAGAGAAAUUUCCGGGUAUUAAGCUAAUCGGGAAAUAUUGAUAGAUUUCUUUAAAACUAAAAUGGGAGAACACAUACAGUGCACAUAUCCGGCACAUCGCCAUUGCUUGCUUCCUUUCAUGUGGGUACGGCAGUACGGGUGAGCUGUAAAUAGAGAGACGAUGAAAUAAUUUGGAAUGGAUCCAAAAAUGUCAAUGGGCUAUUCACAUGAUAGGAAAUGCAUGUCCCAAUAAACAGGAAAUUCGGUGUGUGAACAACUCUUGCACAACUUCGCAGAUUAAGCUUUCGGCCCAAGUAUUCAGGUUUGCGACUGCGUUCGUGCAAUGCCGGCUCGGCAAAUACCGACCGAAUAAUUGAAUGUCACCUUGGUUUGUGCGCGUUUUUUUUCUUAUACCAGCGCGUGGUAGAUACCAAUUUUUUUUGGUGCAUCUAUCGCUAUAUUUGUCUUCAAUGUCUGGACUGGCUGUCGUGGCGUACGCAAAUGGUGUCAGAACAAAAGAAUGACUAUGCAACUUUCUUCCAAGAUGGAUAUGCAGAAAAUCGAAAUUGAGUCGUUUUCUCAAUUCCUCAUCUAUCGUGGUUAGCACAGUUACGAGAAGAUUUCACGCAAUAAUGCAAUUUGACAGGCGUCAUUAUUCUAGGCCCUCUCUGCGAUUUAUCUGCGGAUGCGAGAAAGAGAAAAUGUUGGUCUUAUCAGUAAAUGGCUGGAUCUGCUAAGAAUACUCACAAAACAAUUGCAAAGGCACAUUACGGAGCCUCCAGCUAUAAAACCAUCCAUCAUACGCUUUGCUCAUAGCUUUUACCUGGCAAUAAAACAUCGGAUGUCUUCAUGAAAAAAGAGCAUUCCUUGUUGCUUUCUCCAAAUGUGCCCGAGCAGACAAUAAAUGGCCAUGCUGAUGCAAACGUAAUGACGUGAGAGCAAGUAACAAAAUCUUCAUCAAAGUUCAAAGGCUAUUAGCCUCAAUUUGCAAAGUUUUCUAGACAUUUCUAAACCUUCUUUCCGACGUGGUUUUGUCGUUAAAUAUGUUUCAAUGAUCAAUACAAUUACAUUGACCAUUAUGCUAGGAAAUGAUAAAAAUCAAUUGUUCGGAAUUGCGUGGUUACUUUGGGAGUUGUGUCAAACGAAAAGAAAAACCAUCGUCCUUGGAAUAAGGAUACACAUGGCUCACAAGAAUUUAAAUACCUUUCUUCUUCUUUACAAAAGUAAAUAGACUUGCGUGAGGGCGCAACCAUCGAUUCACAUGAAUUUUUCUUCGUUCGAGUUGACGUAAGUCACUUUCGGCGCCACGUAUAUAAUACUUGUGAAAUAACUGCCUUUCAAAUAGUAAACUUUGAAACCUGCUUGAGGCCGUUUCCCUUUUGGUUUUCUUUUUGGAUUGAUAUGUUUCGUUUAUCAAAACUGAACUAUUCUGUCUCUGUUUUGUUACUUCUUGAUAAAAUAGCUAAAAUCCAAAGUCUCGUCUAUGGCACUCCUGUCGAAAAUUGUCGAUCCAUGAUCCCACAGCAUGACUACAACUUACCUCAAUGGAUGGAUCCACCUCCAUACAACUUGUCAGCUUCGGUUAUUCUUAGCAACACUACAACCACUCAGUUUAAUGUGACGUUGUUUGCAAAACACGGCGCGACGUUCAAGGGCUUUUUCAUCCAAGCUCGUUCGCUAACUGGCGACAGGGCGGAUGCUAUCCUUGGUUCAUUUGAUCCAGUAGAAGACAGCCGUAUUGCUCACUUGAUCAAUUGCCCUGAUGGUGCUAAUAAUGCUGCAACUCAUAACCUUAAUUCGCCCAAACGUUUCGUAACCUUCGUUUGGAACCCGCCUGCUGAUUUUGAGGGCAAAUUCUACUUUGUAGCCACGGUUGUGGCCGAAUACAAGAAGUUUUGGAUCGGGAUAGAAACACCAGCAUUCAGCAUCAAGGAACAUCAAACAGAGGACGCUGGACACAUUUAAUGGAAUGAGACCUAUUUUUAAAUGGUUUAAUUAUGUUCCUUUUACUGCUUAGCAAACCAAAGUUCCUAAACUUACCUUACACGAAAAGUUCCUACACACCAA